CUUUCUCUUUUUCUCCCUCUCUACUCUCUCAUCUUAAUAUGGGACAGAAUGCUAGCCAUGGUUAUGACGAGAAUAAAGGAUCAACCAUCUUUGGGUAUAUUGCUUUAGCUCAACCAUUAUCAGUGUACAUGAAACAAGAUCGAGAGAUUAUGGUAGAGGACAAUCUUUUAUUCAAAUCGUUUCUCUAUGGUCUCGAAGGUACCAAUUCAUCCAUGUCUAUAGACAAAAUGGAGCAAGAAAAUAGAACGGAUUCAGGGUUAUUUUUGUUGUCUGGAAAAAAGAGUCGAUUAUGGAAAGAUUUAAUUUAUGUCGAUCAAACAUACUAUCAACAAAAAGAACCCUCCAACCUAUUACAGCAUUGUUUAAGAAAGGACACUCUUCAACUAGGUAGUGCCAUUACCUUUCAAGAUGUGUUUACUAUGAACCUUUCAAACAUGCAGGAUGUUGAGCUCACAAAAAGAGGAUUGGGAUUGGUAAGCCCUAAUGUCGGUUUAUUACCAAUGAUAAGGAAAUUAGAUCUAUCACACAAUUUAUUACAGGAAAUACCUGACGCCAUUGGCUAUUUGCAUCAAUUGGAAGUCUUGUCGGUUUCUCAUAAUCAUAUCACCUCUAUACCUGAUACUAUUUGCCAUCUUACACAGCUUAAGGAACUCAAUUUGGCGCACAACCAAAUCAGCCAUCUUACGCCAUUUGUCCGCCAUCUCAAGAGCUUGCAAACACUAAACUUGAGCCAUAAUCAUCUUAGAAGAUUCACUUGUUCAAUCAAAGGUCUUCAAGGCCUAGCUUCUCUUGAUCUUUCCUACAACCCACUAACUGUUCUACCUGCUGAAAUAACACACCUACCGUUUUUACGCCGGCUUCGGGUAGACGGCUGUCUCUUUCGACAUUCACUUGAUCAGCCUACAGAAUUAGUGCAUAAUCCACCCAGCUUAUUAGAAACAUGUGCCAGGCAAAUUGUCAGAAAUGAACAUAUUUUUCUCACAUCAUUUGCAACCAUCUCUAAAAAAAAGAAAAAGGAUCCCACUAUAGCACUCAAACUGAAAUCACUAUUGUCUGAACCACUCUACGACUAUCUCUGUAGUUCAAAAGCAUGUAGCCAUUGCCAUGGUCCUUACUUUGAGUCAUAUGUAGCAAGGGGAAGAUGGAUUGAGCGAAAUGAUAUAUGGAUUCCUUUAGAAUACCGGUUAUGUUCGGCACAUUGGUCAGAUGAAUCUGAUAGAGUUUAUGCCAUGUUUUCAACCACUUUGUCUUGUAGUCAACCAGAUAUAGAAUCAGUCUUUCGACUACCAAAGCCAGAACUAGACAUCCCGGAUCAUGUUUUAACAGCUCGUAAUAGAUCUUACUUUAAUCAUACAUCAUUGGCAAGACGAUCAUCAAUUACUACACCUAUUCAACAGCAACAAGAGCAAGAGCAUGACUCUAUGAACACCUCUUCAACAUCAUCUGUUAAAAGAUGGAGGUUUAGAGUUCGAAAUCGCUCAUCUUUUCUAAAGAAUCAUCGGUUAUGUUUAUAGUCCUUUUUUAAUUUGUAAUUUGUGUAAAAUAUAUUUCUUUUUUUAAAAAAAA